GUGCAGAAGCGCUCAAGUUAACACAUGCAUUGAGCCAUCAGUGUCUGUUUCAACCUGAGGACAGAUGUGUCUGAUGGCAUCCAAAUCGAUUAGAUAACAGACGGGUCUGACCUCCUUGUGGAUUCCAAUCAGGAACGAUUCAGAGACAGCGUUUAUGCGGGAAAACUAGGUGGAUCAGCACUUGGCAGCACCGCUGACUUGUGGAUUCGGUGGUGAAUGAUGGAGGAUAGACACGGAUGACCAAAGCGUUAGUCAGCGGAUGGGCGGGAUUGGUGUUCAUGACCAUACGGUAACACACGGCAUGCUGUCAGACGGUUCGCGGUAGGCAAGCGGUGGCAACAAACGUCUCUCGUCAUUUAAAAUACGGAGAGAAAUUAUCUACCCCUCCCUGUGCAGAUUUCAGCAGUAAGAUGACUUGAAUUGCUGCCACAAUUGGAUUAUCCAUUUGGACGUUUGUUGGGAUCUCCUGACCUGACCAGUACCGUGAAGUGUGUCGGUGUGUGUCCACCCAAUGAGCUUAAUGUGUGAUGAGCACCACCUGGGGAGGUCUUUGUGUCGCUUAGACCCAGCCGCUCAAAACUCUGUGCACCUCCACCCCUGUUCUCCCACGGUUUGCUGAGGCAGGGCGGUCUGCCAUGAAGAAAGUAGCCCAGUGGUCAGUGGAGGAGGUCUCUCGCUGGCUGACGGACGAAGGCAUGCAGGAGUAUUCCGAGCCCUUCCGGAACGUCGACGUCGACGGCCACGCGCUGCUGCAGAUCUCGCAGACGGACUUCCAGAGGCCGCCGCUGUCGCUGGUGAGCUCGGACGGCGGGCAGCAGCUCCUGGAGCGCGUGGAGACGCUCCGCAUCGAGCACCACAUCGAGGCGCACAAGAACGGACACGCCAACGGACACGCCGUCCGGGACCUCGCCGACGACCUCAUCAUGGCCUCGGGGGACGGCAUCGCCGCCGGCGGCGGAGGGAACAAGUCCGGGAAGCGCAACGGGAUGGUCAACGGCUACCACAAAGAUCUGGUCCAGAUCCCCAUGCCCGAGCCCACGCGCUCGCAGUUCCCGGCCGAGUGGGGCAAGACGGCCGUGGCCUUCUUCUACGCCAUCUGCUGCUUCGUGUCCACCACGGUCAUGAUCUCCGUCGUCCACGAGCGCGUGCCGCCCAAGGAGGUGGACCCGCCGCUGCCCGACAAGUUCUUUGACCUUUUUGACCGUGUGGAGUGGGCCUUCUCCAUCUGCGAGAUCAACGGCAUCAUCCUAGUGUGCUUGUGGCUGUUGCAGUGGACCCUGUUGAAAUACAAAUCCAUCGUGGGCCGGCGCUUCUUCUUCAUCGUGGGCACACUCUACCUGUACAGGUGUAUCACCAUGUACAUUACGACCCUUCCCGUGCCAGGGAUGCACUUCAAGUGUUCCCCCAAGCUGCUUGGGGACUGGGAGGCGCAGAUGAGGAGGGUGAUGAAGUUGAUCGCCGGCGGUGGGCUCACCAUCACCGGCUCCCACUCCAUGUGCGGCGACUACCUGUACAGCGGCCACACGGUCAUGCUCACGCUCACCUAUCUGUUCAUCAAAGAGUACUCUCCAAAGAGGUUCUGGUGGUACCACUGGGCCUGCUGGCUAAUGAGUGCGGUCGGCAUCUUCUGCAUCCUGCUGGCCCACGACCACUACACCAUAGACGUCGUGGUGGCCUACUUCAUCACAACGAGACUCUUCUGGUGGUACCACACCAUAGCCAACCAGCAGGUCCUGAAGGAGCCAUCACCGAGCAACUUCAUCUCGCGAGCGUGGUGGUACCGGUUCUUCUACUACCUGGAGGAGAACAUCCAAGGCAUAGUCCCGCGGAACUACCAGGUGCCUUACCUGUGGCGACCGUGGCAGUGGGGCCACGUGAAGUACACAAGAAUAGACUCCGAGUGAGCGAAUGACUUGAUCGGCGGAGCUGACGGACUGACCUUCCUAGUGACCUGUCACCUCUCAAGCUGCCACUGCGUCUUUUUUUGGGGGGGGGCCCGAAUUUAGGGGCAGCGAGUGAGUAGAGACUCAAAGGGAGGCUUCAAUUGCCCUCAAGUGCCAGAUUCCCGUCACAAGAAGGUACCCAUGGAGUACCAUCACCAUAACCACCUCUUCCUUACAAACUCCCCGAAUCCCCCCCCCCCAUAUCAGACUGGUCAACACUGUGACUUAUCGUUAAAAGCAUUUCAUUUAGGGUUGCAAAAGCUAAGAGUGCUUCUUUUUAUGCCUAUGUUCUUCUUGCCACAAGGGCCAGGGCUGUGCAGAGUUUGUCCCUCCAAGUUUGUUUUGGGUAUAUGCUAACGGUUGUCCAGGCAACCGGUUAAAUUGUCCGUGCAUGAUUCAAGUCAGUGACCCACCCCACGCCAUGGUGGUCAGGACUUGGAAUGACUGCAAGGACAGACCUGGAAAAUGUGUCACAAGGUUGUUAUGCCACUUUUCCCUGAAUGUUGGGGUGAAUGAUGAAUGAACAAGUGUGUUUUUCUGUUAGAAAAGAAGCAAAACAAAAAAAACCAAGUUAAACUGCAGUGGGAUUAAAUCACAAAUCCACCAAAACACAACUAGGGAAAAUGUGGUGGAGGAUUUCUUUCUUUUUUUUUUUGUAAUAGUGGCUUUCCUCAAGAAAUAUUGCCAAGGUGCAAAAAGAGAGAGAAAAAAAAGUUUUUCUAAGAAAUCUAAAACUUCAUUUAUUUUUCCAACUAAUGCUUUGUAUAUGGCAAACGGAUAUCGAGUGGUAUGUAUACAUUCCUCAGUGCCUUUUUAGACGUGACUGUACUGUCAGCUUGUAAGUCCAUGUCAUCAUGUUUCAUAUCUCCUUGCAAUGUGUAACGGCGAUGUAAUGUUGUAAGGCAUCAGUGUUUGCUUCUUUCUCUUUGUUUUUGUUUGUUUGUUUAAAUUUUUUUUUAACCUGAGAAGGUCUAGCAGGUUGCCUGUUUUGCGAAGCUUGUCGCCCCCACCCUUUUUACUCCCCUUUAAGACUGGUGGGCGACGGGCGGGGGUCGCGCAAAUCUCUCUCAUCCUCCGAAUAUUUCGCUUCUCUUGUCUAGCCAAGACGUCUAGCCAAGAUGUUUAGCUAAUAUGAUUGUGUCAAAGCUGAUUCAAUUGUGGUGAACCAUUUCAUUCAUGUUGGACUGUUUUUAUUUAUUUUUCCUGUGUGUGUUUGUCUGUUUAUUUGUUUGUUUGUUUGUUUAUUUGUUUUGUUGUUGUUGAUAUGUAUGUACUUUGCGGGACCCGACAAACGAGACUGCGAGUUGUUUGGUUUCAGACCUUUUUACUUUGUCAUUGUCCAAGCCAAAUAAGCUGUAUUGCCUGGGCCCUAAAUGAAAAGGUCAACUGAGUUUGAGGUGGGUGCUCGGGUGCUCAAAGCUGCUGAGAGUGUCCCCUGGUCCUUUUUAUCAGUGGUCACAUGCAACAACUCCACCGCCCCCCCCCCCCCCCCCCCUUAUCUCCCUUCUCUCUCUCCCUCCCCCUGUAGCCCUCUAAAGCACAGCGAGUGUGGAAAAGCACCAAGUUCAGACUUCCAGAGAGCGGAUGGUCAGUGAAGGCCUCAAAUUAUCCUCAUCUUUACCUUUGCUACGCACCGAUUUGUUUGUUUGGGAUCUCGCUAGUACUGGUUACCAGCUGUUACAGCCCCGAUUUUUUACUUGUCCUCAGAGAGGGUACAAGCUUUUUUUUUUUUUUUUUUUUUAAGUCAGCAAGUUACAUUUUGCUGUUAAUGUUGUUACGUUAGUGGAGGAAUUAUGUUGGGGACGGCGAGGAAGAUGUCAGAAUUUUUGGUCUUCACUGUCCAGACUAACUCUCUGAGGUUUUGCCUAACGUGAAGCUGCUAGAUGUGUUGGAACAUUAGAUGAUCUGCAUCCAGCGGCAAAUAAAAAAACUGUCAGCAUG